AUGCAACAAUCACAACAACAACAACUCCCAUAUAGAAAUAUAAUUAGUGACGAUCAUCCAAUUUAUAAACCAGAAGCCAAUAGAUAUCAUUUAUAUAUUGUAAAUUCAUGUCCAUUUGCACAUCGUGCUUAUAUUGCACUGAAGCUAAAAGGAUUGGAAGGUAUCAUUGGUCUAUCCAUUACAGAGCCAGUAUUCGAUGACGAGUUGGGAUGGCAGUUUUCAGAGAGUUAUCCAGAUCAUGUUAAUGGAUUUUCAAGUAUACCAGAUCUCUACAAAAAGUCAGGCAAUCCAGAGUAUACAGGAAGAUUUACUGUACCACUACUUUGGGACAAGCAAUCAUCGACCAUUGUCAACAACGAAUCACCAGAUCUUCUUAGAAUUCUAAACAAUUCAUUCAAUCAGUUUGUAAAUUCCGAAACUUCUCCUAUCGAUCUCUAUCCAUCUGAUCUCCAAUUGGAAAUCAAUGAAUUAAAUGGAAAGAUUGCCGAGCAUAUUAAUAGUGGUGUUUAUAAAGUUGGUGCUGCUAAAACACAAGAAAUAUAUAAUACAAAUGUAGAUAAUUUAUUUAAAACAUUCAAUGAGUUGGAAGAAAGAUUGGAAAAAAGUGGAAGUAAAUAUUUGUUUGGUGAUAGAUUGACCGAGACAGAUAUUAGAUUAUUUACAACUUUGAUUAGAUUCGAUAUUGUAUACUAUCAUGUAAUGAAGUGUAAUCUUAAACAAAUUCAACAAUAUACCUAUUUAAAAAAGUAUUUGGUAAAUCUUUAUCAAAUUCCAACAUUCAGAUCAACAGUCGACUUUAAUGAAAUUAAAACCGGUGAUUAUAAAGCUAAAGUUUUCAAUCCUUCUGGAAUCAUUCCAAUCGGUCCAAACAUAGAUUAUUUGUUACAACUUUAA